AUGCCAGCCCCAUUGACCACCAACAUCUUCAUCGCCGACCCAUCGGCUCACUCUUGGAAUGGACGCAUCUACGUGUACCCAUCCCACGAUCGCGAGAACAACAUCGGGUUCAACGACAGGGGAGAUCAGUAUGACAUGGUCGAUUACCAUGUCCUCUCGAUGGAUCGCGUUGGAGGAGAGGUCAUCGACCAUGGUGUGGUCUUGAAGUUGGAGGAUAUCCCGUGGGCUAGCAAGCAACUUUGGGCACCGGAUGCCGCAAAGGGUGCUGAUGGAAAGUACUACCUCUACUUCCCUGCCCGCAACAAGAAGGGUAUCUUCCAGAUCGGUGUCGCUGUUGGCGACAAGCCUGAGGGACCUUUCACCCCUGAGCCCGAGCCCAUCCCCGGUUCCUUCUCCAUCGAUCCCGCAGCCUUCGUCGACGAGGACGGCAGCGCCUACCUCUACUUCGGCGGCAUCUGGGGUGGUCAGCUCCAGUGCUACUCCAAGCCCGAGGGCGGCGAAUUCAACGCUGCUCUCGACGGACCCAACGAGCCAUCCGGCCCAGGCGUCCCCGCCCUCCACUGCCGCGUCGCCAAACUCAACCCCGACAUGCGCACGUUCUCCGAAACCGUCCGGGAAGUCCACAUCGUCGACGAGAAGGGCGACCUUUUGCUCGCUGACGACCACGACCGAAGGUUCUUCGAAGCUCCUUGGGUGCACAAGUACAAAGACACCUACUACUUCUCCUACUCGACCGGCGACACCCACUACAUCUGCUACGCCACCUCGAAAUCGCCUUAUGGUCCGUUCACCUACCGCGGCCGCAUCCUCGAGCCUGUUCUUGGCUGGACCACUCACCACAGUAUCGUCGAGCAUGAAGGAAAGUGGUACUUGUUCUACCACGACUGCGAGUUGUCGAAGGGUGUUGAUCACUUGAGGAGUGCGAAGGCCGUGGAGAUUUUCUAUGACGAGGAAGGAAACAUUAAGCCCGCUCAGGUUUAAAAGAGCUUUAAGCCUCGAUUGCUAUUCUUAUUACCUAUUUGGCGUGAUUCGUCUUAAAUGGACAGAGGAAGGAUUUAAAGUAGAUAGGAAGAUCAGAAAAAUUGUAUCAGUACUAGUAUUUGUGAAGCAAUGAAAGGAUGUCC